AUCAUUCAUUUUUUUCCAUCGCAGAUCGCAUCGGUAAUACGGAAAUUUUUGAAUACGGCGAGAUAAUAAGGUAUAUUUGUGACAGAAAACGAAGUGUAAUUUAGUGCUAAAGACCGGUACCGGUAUCGCUUGGUUAGGAAUGUGGUCUAGCCGGGGUAGAGAAAGUGGCUGGCUGCUGCUGGUGCUGUCGGUGUGCAGUCUGGGGAUUCUAGUACUGACGGAGCUGCCUCGUCCGCGGGGGGUUUCGAUUUCCCGAGCCAGCCUCUAUCCGGCCGACAAUGGGGGUAAGUUUGUGUGUUUGGACGGACGGAAAACGAUUCUGUGGGAGCAGGUAAACGACGAUUAUUGUGACUGUGAUGAUGGCAGUGACGAACCCGGUACGGCUGCCUGUCCAAAUGGAAUGUUCCACUGUACUAAUGCCGGGUACAAACCGAUGAAUUUUCCGAGCAAUCGCGUGAAUGACGGUAUUUGCGACUGCUGUGACGCUUCGGAUGAGUAUGCGUCGAGGGCCAGCUGCAUCAACACCUGCAGCGAACUGGGGAAGGAGGAUCGGAUUCGGGAGAAGCAGCGAACUGAGAUGGCCAAAAUGGGUAACCAACUGCGAACCGAAAUGAGUCAGAGGGGAAAGGCCAUUAAGGAAGAGCAGCGCGUUCGCUUUGUUGAGCUGGAAAAAGCCAAAACGGAAGCCGAGGCACUUCGGAAGGAAAAGGCUACCAUCAAGGAGGACGCCGAAGCGCUGGAAAGUGCCGCAUUGAAGGUCUACCGCGAUCGCGAGGAGGAAGCCCGUAAAUCGAAACAGGACGAGGAAGCGAUGAGCAAUCGAGAGGAAGCGGUGGACAUUUUCCGCAAGUACGAUUCCAACCAGAACGGCUUGCUGGAAGUGGUGGAGUUGCAGACGCGUAUCGUAUUCGACCGAAACCGAGAUGGAGCGGUAACGGUGGAUGAGGCUCACUUUUUCCUGGAUAAUAACGAUCAGGUCGAUUUCGAAACGUUCGUCACGUUGUGCUGGCCGAAGAUCAAACCGUUUCUAAUGUUGGAUUCGGGACUGUUCAAACCACCUAGCGAUGUGAAUGAAUUGGAAAAGGAUGAGCGCGAAACUGGUCAGUACGAAACCGAGGAAGCAGAACUGCAAAACGAACAUGACGAAGGUUACGAUCUAGAUGGAAGUGAGCCGACUCAGCACUACCACGAAGAAGAGGGGGCAGCCGAUCAUGAAGAGGAAGAGGAAGACGACGAAGGGAUGGACGACCAGGAAGUCGGUGAAGGGCAGGUUGAGAAUGCCCAGGAGCCUAAAGUGGAAUACGAUCCGGAAACGCAGGAACUCAUCCGCAAAGCCAACGAAGCUAGAAAUCAUCACAGCGAAGCCGAUCGUCACGUGCGCGAAAUCGAUCAGGAAAUGAGAAAGAUCGAGGACCUGCUAAACAAGGACUUUGGAAAGGAUGAAGAAUUCGCUCCUCUGAAUGGGGAAUGCAUCAAUUUCGAAGACCGCGAGUACAUCUACAAGCUGUGCCUCUUCGACAAAGCCAUUCAGCAGCCCAAGAGCGGUGGCGCCGAAACUAGAUUGGGCACCUGGGACAAGUGGGCCAACGACGAUUACACUGCCAUGCUGUACGCCAACGGGGCUACCUGUUGGAACGGACCGGCUCGCUCGGCCAUGGUCCUUCUGGAAUGCGGUCUGGACACCAGGAUUACCGCCGUCUCCGAGCCGAACCGUUGCGAGUACGAGUACCGCGCUCAGACGCCAGCUGCCUGCUCGGUGGACGAUCCCAACCGGGACCAACAGCACGACGAGCUGUAGGCGGGAGAAACACAACAGUAGGGAAUCAUCGAAUAACUACAUUUCUGUCAAACAAACAAAAAAUUCAAUUCAUUCGGCUUUUGGUCAUCGUUAGAAUUAGAAGAGAAAAAAAGAUGAAUCCCACCUAAUGGGAAUAAGAGAAUGUUUUAAGUAGGACACGUGAUUAAGUUUAAAGUUCGUUUCAAUAUUGUUCAACCGUAGGGCCGGCUCAUUGAUGUAUGUAUAUUUGAUUGACUAAAUUGAGCAGAUGUAGGGACUGUCGGAGUAAAUUUGUCUCAGGAAAGUAAGGAAGUCUUGUUUAGACGAUAAUUUUUCGGUUUACUUUUGGAUACACAUUCCUUAUUCUUUUUAUCUUGCUGGAAAUGCAAUCAUAGUAGAAAAAAAACGUGGUAAUAUCGAUAAAUCAGGUAGAUGACUAAGCAAAGGAAUCCUAAUUGUAAGGGCGACUUCAGUGCACGAUAUUGGAUUACACCUUUCCGAUGUGUUUUACUUUUUGAAUGGGUGAAUAAAACACGAACAUGAAAAU